CUACAAACAAACUUAGUCUUGUGUUGUUUUUAGUCACAAUUUGUGUUAAAUUGAAUGUUCGACUUAAAUGCAUGCACGCAACUUGAUUCAAUAGUCCUACUGGUGUAAACCCUCGACGAAAAAGAAGAGGAAACAGAAGAGAACUUAAAUGCAUUGUACCUUUGGUGAUAAAUAGUAUAGCAACAUGAAUUCAAAGUGUCGAUUGUGUUUAUGUUCUAUAGGAAAACAAACUGAAUAUUCCUCUACUUUAACCGACCAAAGUUUUAGCGAUAUGAUUAAAAAAGUUUUCCCCUUUCAGCUGCCGACUGUUCAAACUAUGGCUGGUAAAAGCUACAACUUGCCGGUGCUAGUAUGUUUCCAAUGCUCCUACACUGUUCGAAAUUUUUUUGGUUUCGUCAAGCUCACAGAAGCUAACCAGCAAAAAAUGCAAACAGAGUGUAUGGACAAGGAUGCUAAUGAGGCAAUCAUGGAACUUCUACAGUGUAUGAAAGCGGAUCCGGAUGAUGAAAUGGAAACAAACGAUUCGAAUCGCCAUGAAAACCCACUUUUGAAGAUAUCCACAAAUGUUGCGGCUUCUAAAAGCACGAAUCGCUUAAACGUGGACGAAAUGAAAACACCAGUGAAACAAAAUAAUCAUCCGCUUGUUUCUGCCAGCCUAGGAGCUCGCGUUAGAUCUGGACAGCACCCCUCUGCCGAAUGUUUAAAUCAAGAAGUAGUUGUUAAUUACAUUAAAAAGAUGGAAAAACGUGUAGCCCUGGUUUCAAACAAAAUGGAUAUGCUCCUAAAGAGCAUAACAAGUACACGCGGCGUUUCUAGGAAAUCAUCUGGCAAUUCCACUAUUUCCGAAGUUUUCGAAUUCUCUCCGAUAGUUGCAGAAGAAGAGCUGAUGUCCUUUAACAAGCAGUUGGAGGAAAAGGAGUACUUCGAAAAGAUGCUGGAUUGGAUAAAUAACCGAGUGACAGCAAUUGAAAGCAACAAUCGCAUGCAUGAACUUAUCGAUUUAAUUUUUACCAAACCUCUUUUUGCCAAAUGUUCUUGGACAGGAAGGUGUAAAGGUGGAGGAAAAAAAAUCGCAUUCCACACAAUCACUAACGUAUUAGAGUUAUUCAGGUGCGUUGGAAGCACAAACGUGUGCACAAUAGGCAUGACCUACGUUUCCCGCUUUAUAAAGAAAAAGUUAAUGCAUGCAACAGAACGGGUUGUAGUAUCGGGUUUGCGCAAAACAUCUUGCCAUGUAACUAGAUUAGCUAAAUCAGGGGAUCUUCCCCUGUAGGGGUACGCGACAGCCGAGCGGUAGGGCCGGUUAGAAAAUCGGCCCAUGAGUGCCAGCGCACCUCGACCCGGACCCAGUACCCUUUCCUGUACGGAGAAGACUGACUAUCCACGUACAACAGGGAAACAAGUCUCGUAAGCCCUUAACGGGCAGGCAUGAGCAAGAGGUCGUUACGCCAAGAAGAAGAAAGCAGGGGGCAACAAAGCCCGGCGGGCCAACUGAACCUAUACCUCGUUUACUUUGCGUUCAAAAUAACUAGAUUAUAAUGUUCAACUCCAUUGCGAAACAAAACCUGACUAAAAAUAUUGAAAGCUUCUCGAAGCUGAGAUCGAUAUUUUUAAUACUGAGAGUACGCCAGUAAACUCGAGGUAUUGUAAUUUAAUUUUAGUCUAGGUACAACCAACCAAAAUUUAUAUGUUGAAAUAGACCAAAAUUCAACGAAAAUGUUUCAAAAAGUGUAAUUAAAAAUUUCAAAAAUUUUUCUUUAUGUAUGAUUACUAUUUAGAAAGUUGAUACUCCAUUCAAAAGGGUUUAAUUCCACUUUGCAAACAUUGAACCAUCGUUUAAGGUAUGCGACCCGAAAUUUUCAGUUCUUUUGUCCAUCUUCCCCUUUUUAGGAAAUGUAUGCUGACCCCUGAUCUAGAUAAUAUGACCAUAUUUCAUUGAAACUUUGUCUUAUACAUUUUGAAAAUGCAUCUGAUGACUGUUAAAAUAAUUAAUAAUAAUAUCGUUAUUAAUUAAUAAUGAAUAUCGUCUUUCUAAAG